AUGCCGCGUGCAGCCAUCUCGGAGGCUGAAGGGAACAAGGCACUGGAACUGGCAGGCGCCGACAUCAAGUACCUCUUCUCGAGGCAUGAGGUGAGUGUUGACAAUCAGAAGCUCUUCUUUCACCAUGGUGUUACAACAUUGGAGAAGCUGUCAAAUUUUGCAAAAGAUAGGGAUGACCUGGCCACAGUCCUCAAGGAGCAUUGGGAACUGGAUUCAGAUAGGUCACUAGAGGAGCGGGUACAAGUGGCGGCAAUCACAUGUGCCUUCAGCAAUGCAAAGACAAGGAGUCAGAGAGCUGCGGAGGUAGACGCAGAGUACGACACGUCUCAGUGGGCCAGGCCGGUGGUGGCAGGGGAAUGGGCGGCAAUGCGCUCAGCACUGGAGAAGAAGUAUGGCCACCUGGAGGAUAAAAUAUAUCCCUCGAAAGAAUUCGUUGAGAAGAAAUUGGCAGAGGUUGAAAGUGGUGAAUACCGGGCUGAGGAGCUUACAGAAGUAGUAUCAAAAGAAGAAAUAGAGCCUGAUGGGGUCGUGCCCAUUUGGGACUCCAAGGGCCGAUUGGCCAUGCGCAAGGCUUCGACAAAAGUGCCCGAACCGGCGAACGCUGAAGAACUCAGACGCCGCUCGACGAUCUGGAAGAAUGCGAUGGUCAUGAUCUCACUGAAGCAUUCGAAUAGGCAUGAGCUGCAGGGAGCCUGGGAGGAGACGAUUGAGCAGUACAAGGACUACCUUCUGGGGGACUACGUAUAUGGGCUCAGUGCAAAGGAUGCGGAGGGCCAGACCUUUGCUGCGCCACCAUGGAAGUUGAUCAUCGCAUACGAGCGGGCCAUCCGGAAGCAAGCGGUGAAGAUCACCAACACAGAGGGUAAGCCCCUGACAGUGGCACUCAAGACAGCAUGGAAGGAUGCAACAGUGAAGGAGAGGAACUUCACGACACCUUUGGCAUUGUAUGCAAAGAGGCCUACACCGCCAUGGAGAGAACAGACGACCAACAAGUACAACACCCCGGGGGAGAAGUGCAAGAUGGCCAAAUGCAAAUAUCGCCAUGUGUGCGGAAUAUGUUUCAGUGAGAAACACCCCCUCUACGAAUGCAAUGCAAAGAACAGGAAGGAGGCGGCAGCUCCCGACACAGACGGGACAAAGAACUCCGUGGCGUGGUUUCUUCGAAAGCUGGCACAACGAAAGGGUGUUCAGGUGGAGAUCACUGAGUUGGACAUCCAGUCUGAUCGUCGAUCGGAUUUUACAAUCCCUUCUGUACAGAAGAAGGCAGAGCGUUUUCACAAGGCUGAAUUUGGAACAAUUUUAGCUGACUUUUCAUUUGAAGCAUUGAAGCGUCAGUUUGCAUGCAGGCAACGUGUCGGUUUGAUGGAGCAACCGGAGGACCUCGGGAGGGCCAAAUAUGAGAGGGUUCCGGGGCAUCAACCGGCGUCUAUGUGGCAGUUUGCACAGUUUCAACAGUUGUUGCAGAUCCCAGAUGUGAAGACAGUGGUAUUUGCUCAGUCAGAGUUUGGUACACAGUCACCAAAACCUACAAGAUUCCUGAUGCGCAUGUUUGCACCUCUUCAUCCAGCAAUGCAUUCAGGUAUUCCACAGUUUGAUGCUCAGGGCUGGUACGAGGGACCUCUUCCUAGGCAAUCAGGGGGCGCCCCUCUGAUCGGGAAAGCAGGGGGGGUUUUUCGUACAGCAAAGUCAGCAGCAUGGCCUCCAGCACUCUGCAAAUGGACAGCUGAAGCCAUUCUCAUCUCCUUCAUGCAAGAGUGGAACGGGGGGGAUGAGACAAAUACUUCAGCAUUGAAGAAGAGGAAGCUUGAAGUUGGCCAGGGCGACCAAUCGGUGGCGAAGCGACCAAGGAGCGGGCAAGAUGCUGGAGGUGGAGGGGAGAGGAAAGAGUUGGUUGGAAGAGAAUGGAGGGCACUGAGGCAUAGGAUCCUGCUGGCCGCAGUCAGACGUUUGGGGAGUGUUGAGGAGGUCGAGAAGGAAGCUUUCCGGAUGGCGAGAGGUGGAGAUGCAUUCCGACUGGUCCGAGAGGAGGGCUUUUUAGAGGAGAUCAGGCAAAUGCUGGCUGAGUGUCUGGGCAUUCCAAAGCAGGAGCAGCCGGAGGAGGGACAGCCGUUCUUUCUGGACCUCAUGAAAUGCAUCCUGGAGAAGGCAGGGGACCCGGAUUGGGAGUUCUUGGAACAGGCGAAGACCGGCUUGCCUUUGGGUAUUAUCAACGACCUUCCCCGGACACCAGAGAUCUUUGAGGAACAGGUGAAGUGGAGCCUCGACGGAGACGAUUGGGGCAAUGCGGCAUGGCAGAAGGACAACUAUGCCUCGGCAGCGGAGCAUGAGAGGUACCUGACGGAACACCUGGAGCAGGAGGUGGCUGAGGGGCUCAUGCUGAAGAUGGAUGAGGCGGACUUCAUAGAGACCUUCGGGAAGGACAGGGCAGUGGCAGCCCUAGCGGUGCUGGUGGAGGAUGAGUUGACCGGGAAGAAGAGAGUGAUCCAUGAUGGCACACACGGUGUCAUGGUGAACCAUCGGAUCAAGUGCAAGGACAAGGUCCGAAUGCCGGGGCCCAGGGAGAAGCGCGCUCUUCUGGAGGAGUAUGAGGCUGGCCGGGUUGCUGUCCUUUCUCUGGUGGGUGACUUCGCAAAGGCUCACCGGAGGUUCAAGUAUUGUGUGGAGGAGCAAGGAUUCCUGGCUUGCAAGGCUUCCACCAGUUCGAGUACAGUUUAUGUGAACAGAGUUGGCACUUUCGGAGUGGCAUCGACACCCUACUGGUGGGCAAGGUUGAGUGCAGCGUUGAUGAGGCUUGUCUAUUGGGUGUUGGGUGGUUUCUUUCCGAACGACAUGCUGCUCUACGCAGAUGAUCUUGAAGUGCUGACGAUAGGGCGUCGGGGACGCAUCGGUGGUGUGCUGGCCUACUCUGUGAUGGCUUCCCUUGGUGCACCGUUCAAGUGGGCAAAGCAGAGGGGUGGCAUCGUUACAGAAUGGAUUGGGCUUACCACGGAUUACAGUGCCUUCUCCAUGGGCCUUUCCUUGAGGAGAGCGAGCUGGCUUGUUGAUUGGAUCGGCUCCUUGAGGGAGAGAAAAGAGGUCACUUUCCGUGAGUUUUCAGCUGGACUUGGGAGGCUGGGCUUUUCAGCUUUGGCGCUGCCGUGGGAGAAGCCCCUGCUCGGGCCUUUGUACGCCUGGGCCUCAGCGAUCCAAGCCAACAAGGGUGCAAUGACCAUCCCUUGGGCUGUGCAAUUCAUUCUGGACUGGGUGGCACAGAGGCUCAAGACCGGGGGUCACAUGGAGGUAGUCAGAAAGCCUCCAGCAUCGGGUUCCGGCACAGUGAGGAUCUGGACGGACGCGAAAGCAACAGAGCAGGCAGCAUGGGUCGGAGGCUGGCUUGAGGAGUGCGAGGACAGCAUGAAGUGUCGCUGGUUUUCGCUACAGGUGACAGAAGUGAGCGCCCCCUGGCUGCUUUACAGGGGCAAAAACCCCAAGAGAGUGAUUGCAGCAUUGGAGCUUCUGGCGACCCUCAUUGCCCUGAAGUUGUGGUUGAAGAAGGCUGGCGAUACAGCCGAGGUGAGGGCUGAAGCGUUCACCGACAACAAGGGCAAUUCCUUUAUACUCCAGAAAGGCCUUUCCACGAAGUACCCAAUCACCAUUUUGGUGAUUGAGGUGGCAGAGACACUGCGAAGGUGCGACGCCUUUGCUACGCUCACGUGGGUGAGAAGGGAUGAUAACACUUUGGCGGACGCCUUGACGAAUGAGGACUUCAGUUCAUUUGAUCCCCAAAGAAGGGAGGCAGUGACAGAAGAGGUGUUGAAGUGGCAUGUCAUGGACGACCUACUGCAAAGCAGUGAGAAGCUCUUCAACGAGAUCAAGGACCACAAGAUGAAGAAGAACAAAGAGAAGCCGAAGUUGGACCACACCAAGAGGAAGGCCAAGAAAUACUUCAGUCGUUGGAAAUCCUGA